UCAUCUGUUUGGGUGCCAUGUCCGCGAUGUUCCACCCGCGGGCCGGACGCUGCGUUAAUUUCUCCAAUGGCAAUAAGACGGCGAUUCGGACUAACCCCACGCAGGAGUUCAACAGGGGACUUAUCUUCAGCCUCGAGCCGAUCAAGGACAAUGAAAUUUUCGAGGUGAAGAUUGACAAGAAGCUAAACACAUGGAGCGGGAGCAUAGAGAUCGGAGUUACCGUGUGCAACCCCGAUGUUAUCGAUAUUCCCAUCACAGCAACAGACCUCCGAGGGGGAACAUGGAUAAUGCUAGGCCAAGGAGUGUUGCGGGACGGCCGAUCCCUCCAUGAGGCCUAUGGCUGUGAUUUGGACAAGCUGGUGGAAGGGGACAGAGUGGGGGUUAUGCGAACGUCACAGGGGGACCUCAAAUUUUUCGUGAAUGGAGAGUGUCAGGGAGUGGCAGCAGUCAAUUUGCCACAAAUAUUAUAUGCCGUGGUUGACAUGUACGGCAAAUGCGCUCAAGUUACCCUCACCGCGCCCUCAACCCCAGAUUCAAAUACAUUAGACGAGGAUUCCAUAAGUGAACUCUCAUCCAUGCGUGACUCCAACAUAUUGGACUCUCAGCCUGAAACCAACAUAACCGCCGUCUCCGUUGUAAAUAACCAAAGCAUAACCAGCAACAACACCGCAGUUGUAAAUCUAACCUCCUCCAUAAAUGUCGGCACCUGCAGUGCACUUAGUAAUCAUGUAGCAAAUAUUAGUAUUGCCAAUAGUUUGAUGUCCAACAGUGAUAGUAAUGUCUUACACGACGAGAGAGAUGGGAGAGAAAGUAGUUGCGACGUUAGUGAAUCCAAUAACCCAUCCCCGCGACCUCUGGAGACGACGAUGGUGCCCACGUCAGUCCCGGCCACCAGCUGCGGGGCCACACAGACUAGCGGGGGAGGCAAAAACGCGGGGAAUAGUGCGACCCAGUCAGGCUACACGUGCGGCGGGGCGGUGGGCGGCUCGGGCAGCAACAACUGCGACGGGGGGAAUAACAACGGGGGCGGCAACAACAACGGCAACACCAACGGCAAUGCUAACAGCGGGGGGAACCAGGCGGGUAACAACAACCCGGGUCCUGUAGAUAACAGUGUGAACUACGACUCCAGCAACGACCGGCUGAGGUUCCACGACAAGUGCGGGACCCUCGUGAAGUUGUCCAACAGCGGGAGAACAGCAGAGAGAAGACGGCCACUCGAUGAAUUCAACAAUGGGGUCGUAAUGAGCUGUAGAGCACUAAGAGAAAAUGAGUUAUUUGAGAUACGAAUCGAUCGCCUGGUGGACAAGUGGUCGGGCAGCAUCGAGGUAGGGAUUACAACGCACAAUCCCAAUGUCUUGGACUUUCCGGCCACGAUGACAAAUAUGCGCUCAGGGACUACGAUGAUGAGCGGCACCGGCAUACUCACCAACGGCAAAGGAACGCACAGGGAAUAUGGGGAAUUCAACCUGGAUGAGUUAAAGGAGGGUGAUCGGAUCGGCAUGAUGCUAAAGACCGGUGGAGAACUUCACUACUAUAUCAAUGGCCUGGACCAGGGAGUUGCAGCUACCAAUGUACCACCUCCCGUGUGGUCUGUUGUUGAUCUAUACGGCAUGACAGUUAAAGUAACGAUAGUGGACCGUGACCAGCGAGAAGAGCAGAACUUAAUCACUCGAAGAAACACUCAGUUGUCGGAUAUCCAGCCACCUUUGUCCGAUACAGUGCCCUCAGAUGAUGAAACCAGUGAGGCUUUGCUAUUUCACAACAAUUGCGGGACAUUCGCUGAAGUCAUCAACAACGGUCGCACGGCCCAUCGCCCAAAUGCUUCAGACGAUUUCAACAACGGCGUGGUCCUGACACGGCGUCCCCUGAAGCCAAACGAGAUGUUCGAAGUGCGACUUGACAAGUGCGUUGACAAGUGGGCCGGCUCGCUGGAAAUUGGCGUAACAACGCACGCGCCUACAGAUCUGGAAUACCCGUCUACCAUGACCAAUGUCAGAUCUGGAACGUGGAUGAUGACAGGCAAUGGGGUAAUGCAUAACGGUACUACAAUCAUUGAUGAGUACGGCCAGAAUUUAGAUAGGCUUAAGGUUGGUGACCGAGUUGGAGUUAUCCGCAAGGACAACGGAAAUUUAAUUUUUUACGUGAACGGAGUGGAGCAAGGACUGGCAGCAAGUAAUGUGCCCGAGCGGAUUUAUGGCGUAGUCGACCUCUACGGCCAGGCAGCUCAGGCUUCCAUAGUGCAGCAUUCUGAGCACUGUUCCUCAGAUGUCUUGCCGUCUAGUCUCUCAAGCUCAACCAUAUACAGUGAUCUCCGAUUCCACCAUCUACAUGGAAAGAAUGCACGCAUAUUGAAUGGAGGAUUAACCGCUCAGCGCCCCAAUGCCCAUGGAGAAUUUAAUGAUGCCAUUGUUAUCAGUAAUAGGCAGCUACAUGAAGGGGAAAUGUUUGAAGUUAUGAUAGAUAAAAUGGUAGACAGAUGGUCAGGAUCCUUGGAAGCUGGAGUGACAGCCAUUCCACCUGAGGAGAUUGAUUUCCCCAGCACCAUGACAGAUAUUGAUUAUGAUACCUGGAUGCUGAGUGGCUCUUCCGUCAUGCGAGAUGGUGUGACGAUCAUGAACAACUACCGAUGUGACUUAGACUCCCUCGGGGUUGGCACACGCGUGGGCAUGAUGCGACACUCAGACGGCUCGCUGCAUUACUACGUCAACGGAGAGGACCAGGGCACAGCCUGCGAGAACCUUCCUCCUGGUUUGUGGCCUGUGGUGGACCUAUAUGGGCAGUGUGCGCAGGUGACCAUCGUGCACAACCCCAUCCGUCACGACCAAUCUCUCAUCUCCGUGUCACAGUACUUGGACAUGUCACAUCUGUCACUGCCUGCUGCGGGACAGGCUAGUGUUGGCUCAGAGGUAUUGCACCGUUUUUCCAAAUGCUGUGGAGCUAACAUAGCCCUGAGCAACAACGGUACAACAGCAGCUCGUGUCCGGCACUUCAACCAUGGCCUGCUAUUCACUUCCCAUCCAUUAGAAGCAGAGGAACUGUUUGAGGUUCGCAUUGAACAGGUCUCGGAGGGUUACUGUGGAUCUUUGAGCAUUGGCCUGACCUCUCUCCCAGUGACAGACUCUUACCCGGCAGUCAGCCUCCCUGCCACUCUCUCCGGAAUAGAAUCUGCUGACACUUGGUGGGUCAGCGGCUCUGACGUGAGAAGGAAUGGAUCCUCUGUCCUUAGGUUGAACUUCUGUCCUAAUCUCGGGAGGCUGCUUGUCGGGGAUCGCAUCGGCAUCAAGAAAACAAGCGAUGGUGCAAUGAGGCUGUAUAUCAAUGGUGAAGAUUUCGGAAUCGCUGCGACUAAUGUCACUAAGAGAGUGUUUGGUGUGGUUGACCUCUUUGGCUUCACGGAGUCAGUAGUCAUAACGAGUGUCUCGAGACAAGCAAGUUCACCCGUAAUGGACUCCACAGUUAUGGCCACCAACAACAAUGCUGUGUCACAAGAUUCUCUCGAGCUUUCUCAGCCGGACUCCCGCCAUCCCUUGGGGCAUCACUCACUCACAUCAGGCUUUCACCCAGCAACGUCUGCCCACAUUCCUCAUGAUCACAGGGUAACAUCUGAGACAAAGAUGACAAAUGACCAGAGAGGACAGGAAUCCGGGCAGAAUGGACGGCAUCAUCAAGGAGGGGACCUAAGAACCAGCAGCCAUUCCCAUGGGGCGCUUGAGCUGUCGACAGAGGGCAGGCAGCAGCACUCAAGCUUAGGGAACAACAAAGACUCGUCUCUGAUUCUGUUUCACGAGAAGACUGGCAAAAACAUCCAGCUCUCCAGCGACCGCAUGACAGCUCGUCGGUCAGAAAGCUAUAACCAAGGGAUUGUUAUGUCAGUUAAACCUCUACCAAGGAAUGUAGUCUUCCAGGUUCGAUUGGGGUCCUUGAAUUCCCGUUGGUCAAGUUCCCUCAUGAUUGGCGUGACGGCACAGGCCCCCGAGAAGAUCCACCUCCCAAACACAGUCUUUGCGCUGAAACGUAACACAUGGGUUAUAUGUGGCGAUUCAGUUUUCUACAAUGGGGUUAAAAUCAAAGGUCGAUAUGGGCCAGACCUAGACAGUUUAGCAGGAGGACCCAGUGGCCAUCUGGUGGGUAUCAUGGUGGACGACGAAGCACGACUGCACCUCUUGGUCAAUGGUGUUGAUCAAGGGGUUGCUGCGAAGGAAAUACCACCAAACCCUUACGUUGUUCUGGACUUGUAUGGACAGUGCCAGGAGGUUACCUUGUGUAAUAAUAGCAUGAGCAUGGAAAUUGCCAACACGACUACCACCAGUAUUUCAUCCACAAACACAAUCAAUAGCAGCAGUAAUACCCUCGCUAACAGCACCACCACAAGCCCAAACACCACGUCUAACACAACCACCACCAUCACAUCAGCUGCACAGAUUGGCAAUGAACAGAAUAAGAAAAACCUACUCAAGACUCAUGAGCAUCACCACCACCACCACCGUCAUCACCACACUACCCACAACCUGCAGCAGCAGCAGCAACAUCAGCAGCAACAGCAGCAACAACAGCAGCAGCAACAGCAGCAACAACAACAGCAGCAGCAGCAACAACAACAGCAGCAACAGCAGCCGCAGUCACAACAGCCAUCACUUCUGCCCGGGCUGGUCACCCUUCAGGAUAACUCCCCAAGCAACAUCUCCAACAAUGACUCGGCAGUUGUCAGACAAACUGAUUCAAAUUUCCAGACGGAGCAUAUCACUCAGCCCCAUCCUCCCAAACUUAAGGAGAAGGCAAUUUCUCGUUCUCAGCCAGAUAGCAGUAUGGUGAAGAAUUGUGAAUACCAAAAUAUGUGCUAUCGAUUCAAGGCUUCAUUAGCUCUACCAGAGGGAUACUUUAGUCCAGAAGGCAACUUAUGCUACUGUGAAACCUGUCAUAAAAUACGGGGGGAUGAACCAUAUUAUACAAAAGGAAAUCCCCCAAAACAUUACGCACAACCGUUUGGCUGGUGUCGUUUUGCACUUGUAAGUGGGGUUGGCGAUAACAAUGAGUCGUGGCACAUGGCAUAUCAUGGCACCAGACCUGGGGCAGUAAGACGUAUGUUAGAUAAAGGAGAGCUUCUGUUUUCAGGUGAAUUAGGAGUGAGCUCAACCUUAGCUGGUCGUCGAAGUAAAGAUGAUGAUAGUGAUGGAUCCCAGUUAUGUUUCUCUCCCACUAUUUCAUAUGCUUCUACAGACCAGUUUUCACCUGCUGUCUUGUUCGUUGACCCGUGCACAAGAAAAACACUACAUGUUCGGGUGGUACUGCAAAUAGCGGUUAAGCCUGGUUCGUACAAGGUCGGUUCGCCUUCCAUACCCUGGACUCCAAGCCUGCCCAACACCCACUCGACCCCAGACUCGCACCUGCAGCCCGACACAAUAGAGUGGGUGACAAAAGAGCGAGGUGCAACUCAGCUCCUGUCCCUUCUGAUUAGAAUCGAGGAGGAAAAGUGAAUAGCUCAAUAUAAAAUAGCAUUUACCGAUAUUUAGUUCUUUUCAAUGGAUUUACAAUAAGUAUAUAUAGUAUGUCAACUCUGCCUCCCUCCAUCCCUGAUUGAUAUAUUGCGACGUCAGUGGUAGAUGCAAAUCAUGUACAAUCCAGUGGACAGACUUACACAUGGCUGUAGCAUAAUGGCAAGCACACUGAUUAUUUUUCAUUAUUUUUUUCAUGUAAAUAGUAAAUGAAUAUCUUUCAAAACACAGCACAACCCUGUGGAUGGCUAUGCAUAAUGGAAAUGUUUUGAAGGUAAAUCAUGAUCAUUCAUAGUGUAUAAAGUUUUUUGUAAUUUCAUUUUGCUAUUGUAAUAAGCAGCAAGUUUAUAUUUCAUCAGAAGACACAAAAGUGAUUGCAUUACAAAUCUUUCAACGUUAAAGUAUGGAUCAAAAUGCCAGGUUCUUUGGAAAAUUAAAAAAAUAUAUAUAUAUAUAUUACUAUGCAAUUGAGACUUUGUGUACUUUUCUAAUUUGUAAUUUUUAAUAGUGUUUAUACUGAAAAUAACAUUUUUAAUAUUCAUAUCAAAAUUAACAAAACAUUAACACUAUCAAAUGAUUUAAUUCUUUUUAGGUGUGUCAUUGGUCAAUCAUCUUUGGGUGUACGAAUAAGGCGUAGCAUUAGGACGAAUUAGUCAUUUUAGUAAUGUUCGCAUUUUAAUCAGUGUUCAAUUUUUUCCCCAUUUGUAAUGUUCAGCUGCCCUUCAGAAAUGAGAUUAAUCAAUAGAGAAUCAUACAGGAACAAAUACCUUGACUGGAAAUUGAUUUUAAAAAGGGAGACGCAUACUCCUUUUGUGAUUAUUAAACUUGGGAACCAGGCAGGAAUUUCAACAUUCUCAUUAUUAUUAUUAUUAUGGUUCUUUUUUUUUUCACUUUCAUUUUUUUAAAUGUGAUAAUACAUCAUCUAAGCUGAUAAGAGUUCUUCGUCAUUCAAUUUGAAAUGUAUGUAUUCGUGGAUAAUUUAUUUAUUAUAUUUAUUUUGCCCUUCUUUCCUUCUCCACUGGCAUUGGUUAAUUAGAAACAGAAUAAAUGUGCAGGUGUGACUUGUAUGUACUUUUGUGUAUGAGUAAGGAUAACUUGAAAACACUGAUGGGUUAAACUAGUAAUGCAAGAGAGAAAAUAAGGAUUUCAAAGUGCACUGUUGACUCUUAGUUUGUAUAAAAAUUAGUUAAAGAAUAUCCUGAUUUUUGUUUGUUUUAAUUAUUAGUAGGAUAUAUAUGGAAUGCUGUUUUAGUACAAGUUUUGUACUUUGUCCCCUUGUUAUUUACACACAUACUCACACUCUCCCUUUCUCUUUCUUUCUUUCUCUCUCUCUCGCACUCACUCACUCACUCACUCUUCUCUCUCUUUCCUCUCUCUCUCUUCUUCCUCUAUAUCUUCCCUUCUUUUCACAUACACCAGUACCUUGAACAGUGCUGAGUUGGCAGUGCAGAAUGUUAGUCAUUACAUAUUUUGAUGAACUACAUGUGUCAUUUAUACAGGUCAGUGACUUUUGAGGUUCACAGAGUGUAAACUCAUAUCAAGAUUCUUCCAAGAAUUUAUAUUCGAUUAAAUAUAAAGUUUCUUGGAACACCAUUGUUACAUAGUUUGGGAGUAGGAGAGGCUAUAUACAGUUUAUAAAUAAAUAUAUGACAGUGCAUGUUACAUCAGAAUAAACCCAGUUGAUAGGUAUCUAAUACCAUGUAUCUAUGAUCUCUUGUUACCGAGACUUGUAUGUGACUUUAGGUAUCUUAAAGAUGUUUUUAAGAAAAGUGUUCUGUUUAUCACACAAAAAAUAGACAUCAGAAAGGGUAGAUGUAUGUAUGUAUGAUGUGCAAGGUAAACAAUCAUUCAGAAUGACUUUCCAGGUGUUAUGCAAACAAUUUUGUAUUCUUUUAGUCCUCGUUAGUUUUCCGAAGCAGAGAAACGGUUACAAGACGUUGAACUAAUUUGUUGGAAGGUAUUGGUUCUUAUGUAUCAUGUGCUGCUUUGUGUGUUGGUUGAGGUUAUAUUCAGUCACUUUUGGUUAACUAUCUUUCUUUUUUCUUGCAUUGAUGUAUUUAUUAUUUUCCUUCUUCCUUUCUCUCUUUUUUCAAAGAAUGACUUAUUGUUUAAGUUAGGUCAGCAGUUUUUUUUUUAUAAAGAGUUUUUGUUUUGUCAUGCAUGUCAUUUUGAAGCAUCUCUGAUUUAAAAAGGUUGUUUUUAUAAAUCAUGGAUUCUUUUCUGCACUAGUUUUUGAAGUACUACAAUCAUUUUAUUCAUUGCUGUCAUUAUAAAUUGCUUGUUCAUUAGCCACCUCAUUAUUUAUUGCUUCUUAUCAUUUCCAAUACUUUUUUUGGUCAGUCUGCUUUUUCAUUUCAGCCAACAUGUACAAUCGAGCAGAUGACAUUCAUAUUCUUGAAUAUAUUAUCCUCACGUUCAAGCAUGUUGACAUUAAAAAUUCACAUAAUUUCUUAGCCUUGCUGUGAUAUUAUUUUUGCCAUAUCUCACAAGCCUGCUGUUGCUUGUGACCUAAUCCAAGAAACUCAUGUCAUGUGUAGCUGUUAGAUACCAGUGACCUCAACAAAAUUGACCUCAGCUUGCUUAUGUUUCCGACGAUGCUCUUGUGCAUGGUUUCAGUGGCAGCUAUAAUGGUCAAGAGUACCAUGGGGUUUUGGUACCGAUAAUGGGCCCAAUUAUGGUAUAAGUUUCUGUGUGGAAAUUUGAGUGAUAUUGGUUGUUACAUAAUAUUUGAAGUUGUGUUAUAGUGUUGUUUUUAUGUAUGUAACUAGAUCUAGUCUGGCAUAUUAUAAGCUUCUUUCAUACCUUUCAAAAAAAAAUGCUGUAUUUCAAUUAUUUUGGAUUUUAUGUUGAAUACUAGAUGAAAAUUGUAUUGUUUCCAACUCUUAUAGAAUGUAUAUAUUUGUUACUUUUUUUCUUUUUCCCCUUUUUCAUUACUAUGAGUUAGUAAUACAAAAAUUCUAAAACAUUUACCACAUCUGAUAACCCAUCUCGGCAGUAUUGGAUCUUCUACUACUCAAAGCCAUUUUUAUUAUGUUACACUUUCAUACAUAUAGGUUGUCUUUUUUCUAUUGUGUUUCUAUGAUUCCUGCCAGAAUGAUAUGCAUUUUCCCCCCUGAUUGGUUUAGUGAGGUAUAAGAAAUGUGUCAGGAUUAUUUGAGUAUGGAAGUGUUUUAUACGGUUGAUGCUGUCAUUAGCUUCAGAAUUUUGCCAUGAAUGAAACAAACUGGAUUAAUUAUUAGAAGUAUUUACAUUCCAGUAUUGCAUUUCAUAAGUGAAACAGAUAUUGACUUUAAGCAUCAAAUCUGAGUUUGGGUGAUAUCUACCAAAGAGAAAGAACUUUUGUAUACUGAAAUCAGCUGUGCACUAAAUUAUAUCUUGCUGAGCCUACCAAAGUUAUCAGAAAUAUCAACAGGAACUAGAACUCAAGAUAUCUAAGGAAAACCAUCAAAAUAUCACUGCUUACAGAAAAUAAGACAACACAUAGAAAAUGGAUAACCUAACACUCAUCUGACAUACAUUACAUGUAAGUUUGUAUAUACAUGUGGAAUGUUUGGAAAAGACAAUUCAUGCCUUUUCUUCCAAACUGAAAUACUAUUGAAACUUUGAAACUUUUUCAGAUGCUUUAUCUGAACAACUCUUCAAAUAUAUGGAAAUAUGAUGAUGACAGACUGUGCUCUCAGUUUUGGUAUCACAUAUUGGUAUAAUACUGCUUGUCUAAAAGAGUUACAAAUGACAGCUAAUGUAGUUAAGAAUGUAACCAGUAUACCUCUUCACAGACAAGUGUGUCUGUUUGGUGCCUACAUACAAGCAUGUGUAUGUGUGUGUAGGUUACAAAUAUUUAUGACUGCAGUUGGAAUUAGUGCCUAUCUGAAACCUAUUUCAGAGUGUCAGUAAGUAUUGUAUGUUCAGUGCAGCUUUAAAAGGGUGUGUCUAUUCAUCUGGCUAAGGUAUUCUACUCAUCUGUUCUGAAAAUACUGUUAUGCUGAUAUAAAUAUAAAUGAAAAUCA